CACACUAGGUCAAAGUUUCUGGAAGUCUUAUCGUUCAUUAUGUGUUUGCUACUGAUCGUAUGGUAGUAGAUGUAGCCAUUAUAUCCUCUUUCUGUAAGAUAUUUAACAAUAAAGCAUGCAGUUCUAAGCAAAGAGCCGAGGGGCGGGAUGUGCUGUCAGGAAGGGACUUAAGGACCUCCCCGUCCCGAGAGUGUUCCUCGCGCCACAACAACACGGCACCCAGGCACGUCAGGAUGAGGUUAACCGUCAAAAUACUGCAAGGGAGUGAGUGCACCAUCAACGUGCCAGAGACAACCAAGGUGGGUGAGGUGAAGACAUCUGUGGAACAAGCCCUGAAUGUGCCUGCCAACUCUCAGCGACUUGUCUACAAGGGGAAGACUCUCUCAGAUGAGAUGAGCCUGAGGGAGGUUGGGGUGACUGAUGGAGGCAAGAUUCACCUGAUGGUGAAGAAAGGCGAAGGAGUAGCCAGCAAUCCCCCAGCACCUGGCUCCUCCAAGACCCCUGGCUCUCCCCCUGCCCUAGACUUCUUCAUGCAAUUGGACACCUUCCUUGCCAAACACCUCACUCAGGAACAGACUAACAAAGUGGUCAAUGAAUUUAGAAAGAAUUGCCAGUUGAUGGUGGACAGCAUGAACUUUGAAGACAUUGAGAGAUUUGCUGCUAGCAACUGUACUGAGUUUUAAGGAGUUAGGUGUGAUGUAGAUUUGUGAGUGUGAGUGUGUGGAAGAAGGUGGGAGAGGGGAGGGAGAGAGGCUGAGGCAGGGCAUGGCAGCCUUAUCUGGGCCAGUGAUGUCACUCUUAUCUUGACUUUACAGUGUGUGAGCAUGUAUGUGUGAGUGUGAAUGAGUUGAGUGAAUGGGUGAGUGAGUGAGUGAGGUGGUGCAACAUUUGAUCAACACCUUCAGCAUUAUAUUUACUUCAAGAUACCUUGACUCCUUUACCUGUAUUUCUUGUGAAGUGCUUAACUCAUCUCAGUGACUGACUGAGAGUUGUACACAUGUCUAUUCCACAUUACUGGCUGACAGCCAAGAGAUAGAGAGAGACAGAGGUGUUAGUUCUCUGGUCUGUCUGCAGAUUUGUACAGUCACUUGGUGCACAGAUUUGCAUGUACUGGUGGAGUGCACAAGUUAAAUGUGUCUCUGCUGCUGCCUUGGCUAAUUACAUUACUGUUUUUUAUAUACUCACGUAUUGUUUAUCUUGUUUACAUACAUACAAUGGUGAUGUAGUAUGCAAACUCCCAGUUGAUACUUGUCGUUAGUACAAAGAAAGGUCAGUUAAUUGAAGAUUAUUGGUGUAAAUGGUUUUUUACUGACGACUGAUGUAGUGGUGGUCAGGAAGGGAGGGAGGGGACAAAAAGUUAAUGGGAGUUUUGAAAAUGGAAAAAUGUGUGUCAUUAAGGAGUUAGGAUAUAUGAAUGAGAGAGAGAGAGAGAGAGAGAGAGAGAGAGAGAGAGAGAGAGAGAGAGAGAGAGAGAGAGAGAGAGAGAGAGAGAGAGAGAGAGAAAU